CGACAAAGAAGACAUUGCAAGAGGAAGGACUAGCUGACCAACCUGCUGCAAAGUUCAGUGUCUUUCCACAGCAAUGGCGUUUUUGUGCAGAAACGUAGGAUUAGUCCUGAAGUCCUCCAGAGCAGCGCCGGCUCUGCUGUCGGCUGCCCGCCUCUACAGCUCAGGUGGUCAGUACGAGUAUAUUUUGGUGGAAAAGCGAGGCGUGCAGAAUAAUGUUGGCUUCAUACAGCUGAAUCGACCCAAAGCUCUCAACGCUCUCUGUGACGGCCUGAUGAGGGAGGUGGGGAAGGCACUGGACGCCUUUGAGGACGAUCCACACAUUGGAGCUGUUGUCAUCACUGGCAGCGAGAGAGCCUUUGCUGCUGGAGCUGAUAUUAAAGAGAUGCAAAAUCGAACCUUUCAAGAAUGUUAUGGUGGGAACUUUCUGGCUCAUUGGAACAGAGUGUCCACAGUAAGAAAGCCUGUAAUCGCAGCUGUUAAUGGAUUUGCUCUGGGUGGAGGCUGUGAGCUGGCCAUGAUGUGUGACAUCAUUUAUGCUGGAGAGAAUGCCCAGUUUGGACAACCAGAAAUCCUGCUGGGGACCAUUCCUGGAGCGGGUGGCACCCAGCGCCUGACUCGGGCUGUUGGCAAAUCCUUGGCAAUGGAAAUGGUACUAACAGGAGACAGGAUUAACGCUCAGGAGGCCAAGCAGUCAGGUUUGGUGAGUAAGGUUUAUCCAGUGGACCAGCUUGUGUCUCAGGCUGUUCAAUGUGGAGAGAAAAUUGCAAUAAAUUCCAAACUGGUCUCAGCCAUGGCUAAAGAAGCUGUAAAUGCAGCUUUCGAACUGACUCUGGCUGAAGGGAAUCGCUUGGAAAAGCGUUUGUUCCACGCUACCUUUGCAACGGAUGACCGUAAGGAGGGCAUGACUGCAUUUGUGGAGAAAAGAAAAGCCAAUUUCAAGGAUCAGUAGAUUAGAAAAAAAUCACCAAUAAUCAGGAGGUUUCUGGUAUAAAUUGAUCUCUCCCUCACUAACGGUGCAUUGUGUGGCGCUACAGUAUGAUCCUGGCUGUGGCAGAGCAAACAGGCGAAAUAAUGAGAUGUAGCUGAAAAUCACAGCCUUUUGGGGCAAAGUGAUGAAAUGAAAUACUGUCUUGCAUCAGGAGGUUGAAAUGUAAUGUGGAUUCCAUAAUUGUUUCAUAGUCUGUGUGUUCAGGAAGGAUAACGACAGAUGACUAGUUUGUUUUAAUUUUGCCUUUUCACUUUUCAAAUGUGUAUAACAUUUUGCAAAUAAAAAAACAAAAAACAAUCUAAACACUAAUAACUCCAAUGUUUUUUUUUUUCAAAAAAUAAUAAAAGCUAUAGGUGAUAAAUUUAUAUGUUUACCUUAUUUUUCUUAAGUAUCAUUUAAGCUGUGAUAAGAAAACGAUCAUAAACUUCUGCAACAUCUGCUCUAGACCACUAGAUGGAGCUGUUGCAAUCCCUUGGGCAGAAGUUGAAUUUCAGUUCUCUGCUAAGGAAACAAGUAAUAAGCAACAUCUCAUGAAAGUCCUAUGAAAAUAUGAGUAAACAAUCACAUUAAUGUUUAAAGUGCUGUGUCAUUACUCUGAACUUUGAAAAAUUGAUUUUACUUGUAAAACUCAGAAAGCUUUUUUUUUCUCCUUUGAAUGUAAAGAUGCAUUUAAACAGGAUCUCCCAAUGAAAAUCAAAACCACAAACAGAAAUGUCCUAAAGUAAAGUAGAAAACAACACAGAAGAUAUU